CUCCCUCCUCCUCUCCUCCCUCAGUGAUCUUCAGCUCUGCUCGGAGUCAUGAGGGGGCGCUGCAGAGUGUGAAGAUGGCUAACGCCGUGGCUUCGUACGACCAGCUGGCCCACCAGGUGGAGGCGCUCCGCAAGGAGAACUCCCACCUGAGGAGGGAGCUGGAGGACAACUCCAACCACCUGUCCAAACUGGAGACCGAGACGUCCGGCAUGAAGGAGGUGCUGAAGCAGCUGCAGAGUAAACUGGAGCAGGAGGCGGGAACCCUGGCCUCGUCCGGGAGGAGCGACGUGCUGCACCAGCUCAAAGAGCUCCACAUGGACCUCACCAACUACUACGAACUCAAACACCAGCCUCACAACCUGAGGCUGCUGAGCGACAGUCUGGGAGGGGCGGGGCCGGGCGGGGUGGGUGGGGCGGAGAUAGACGACCGUCUGGCUCUGCCUCCUUCUUCCUGCUCCUCCUCGUCCUCGGCGGCGGCGAGCAGGGCCCGGAGUCCGCUGAGAGCUUCGUCUCGUCAGAGCGCCACGUCCGGGGGGGAGGCCGCCGCCAUCAUGCUGCCGCAUCACUUCCUGGACGGAGCCCCGCCCAAAACGGCUGUGAUCAGCGGAGCGGACGGACGACUGAGCGACCAUCACCUGGAAGAGCUGUACAAGGAGAGGAACCUCCUGUUGGGGGAGAUCGACCGGGAGGAGAGGGAGCGCUGCUGGUACUUCAGCCAGUUGGAGGCGCUGUCACAGAAACUGGCCCAACUUCCCCGAAUCGACACGUUUUCUCUGCAGAUGGAUCUGAUCCGGCAGCAGCUGGAGUUCGAGGCUCAGAAGGUUCGGUCUGUGAUGGAAGAACGAUUCGGCACCAGCGACGAGAUGGUUCAGAGGACGCAGAUGCGUGUUGCCCGUCUGGAGCAGCUGGAGAAGGAGCUGCAUGAGGCCCGAGGGAGUCAGGAGAGUCAGCUACAGUUGUCUGGAGCAGAGAAGCCUCCUGCUGGAGAACCAGAGAACAACACGUCGUCGUCGUCAGCUGCAGCAGCAGGAACAGAAGCUGCUGCAGACGGAGGCAGCAAGGUGGAGAUGGUGUUCUGGCUGCUCUCCAUGCUCGCUAACAGAGAUAAGGAGGAGAUGUCCCGGACUCUGCUGGCCCUGUCCAGCUCUCAGGACAGCUGCAUCGCCAUGAGAAAGUCUGGCUGCGUCCCCCUGCUGGUCCAGAUCCUGCACGAAGCUCCAGGCGGCGGAGGCGGUCCAGGAGAGACGGUGGCAGCGGGUGGGGGGGCGACGGCGGCAGGCUGCAGCCGAGAGGCCAAAUCCAGAGCCAGCGCCGCCCUCCACAACAUCAUCUACUCCCAGCAGGACGAGGGCCAGGCCCGCCGGGAGAUGAGGGUCCUGCACAUGCUGGAGCAGAUCCGGACCUACUGUGACAGUGGCUGGGACUGGAUCGAGAGCCACGCUGGGACUCCUUCACCCGGGGGAACCAGGACCACCGAUAUUCCUGAACCUGUGGACCCUCAGAUCUGUCAGGCCAUGUGCGCCAUCAUGAAGCUUUCCUUUGAAGAGGAGUACAGACGAGCCAUGAAUGAAUUAGGUGGUCUGCAGGUGGUGGCUGAUCUGAUCCACCUGGACCAGGACAUGUACGGGAUGCAGAACGAUCCCAUCAACAUGGCGCUGCGACGGUAUGCAGGGAUGGCUCUGACUAACCUGACGUUUGGAGACGUCGUCAACAAGGCAACUCUGUGCUCAAAGAAGAGCUGCCUCCAGGCUCUGGUGGCCCAGCUGGCCUCCGACAGUGAGGAGCUUCACCAGGUGGUCUCCAGCAUCCUGAGGAAUCUGUCCUGGGCUGACAUCAGCAGCAAGAGAGUCCUCAGAGACAUCGGCUGUGUGUCUGCACUGAUGACCUGCGCCCUGCAGGCCACCAAGGAGUCGACCUUGAAGAGUCUUCUGAGCGCUCUGUGGAACCUGUCGGCUCACAGCAUCGACAACAGUGCGAUCUGCUCAGUGGACGGCGCUCUGGGCUUCUUGGUCAGCACUCUGACGUACCGGUGUCAGACCAACUCACUCGCCAUCAUCGAGAGCGGAGGAGGGAUACUCCGAAAUGUGUCGAGUCUGGUCGCCACACGAGAAGACUACAGGCAAAUCCUCAGGGACCAUAACUGCCUCCAGACUCUGCUGCAGCACCUGCGCUCCCACAGCCUGACCAUAGUGAGCAACGCCUGCGGGACUCUCUGGAACCUUUCAGCCCGGAGUCCAAAAGACCAGGAGCUGCUGUGGGACCUCGGAGCCGUUAGCAUGCUGCGCAACCUUAUCCAUUCCAAGCACAAGAUGAUAGCCAUGGGCAGCGCUGCAGCUCUAAGAAACCUCCUCACCAACCGACCCCUGAAAUAUAAGGAUGCUGCGGUUGUAUCCCCUGGCUCCUGCAUGCCUUCCCUCUACAUGAGGAAACAAAAGGCACUGGAGGCAGAGCUGGAUGCCAAACACCUAGCAGAGACCUUUGAUACUCUUGAGAAACAGAGCCCCAAGCAUCUAACCCUCAACAAGCCACUACGGCACAUUGAGAGUCUGGCGAAGGAUUAUGCAUCUGAUUCUGGUUGUUUUGAUGAUGAUGAGGCCCCCAACAUCUCCAGUAGCCUGGACACUGGCAGCUUCUCUAUGCUGUCUAUGUUCCUUACCAAUUCUAACUUCCUGCAGAACCAGCCCCGUAAGAGGGAAAGUGAACCGGAGAGAGACGUAGAACCACAUCAGAUGGCAGAGAAGAGACAUGCACCUCCUGACGAUGUGGUAUCUGCUGCUGCAGAGAAGCUAGCCAAAAAGAUCACCAACACGGUUGCCAAGAUCGACAGAUUAGUCGAGGACAUCACCAUGCACACAUCCUCGGAGGACAGUUUGAGCCUCAGCUCUGAGGAUCACCUGGCAGACUGGCCUUAUGGACUAGAUGAACUCAAUGAAGCCCGAGCAAAAUCAUGCUCCCCCUGCCGUCUCUCUGAUACAAGCAGCCUGGCCCACAGAGAACGUCUCAGUAGAGCCCAUGCCCUCUUGCGCCUCAAAACUGCCCACACAAGUGUAUCAACAGAUAGCCUAAACAGUGGCAGCACUAGUGACGGCUACUGUGGCAGCAAAGAUCAGAUGCGACCUGCUCCAAGAGCUCUAAUGAUACAACAACAACGACCAAACCAGCUUGACCUCAAGUUAGCUCAUCAAGACUACUUAAAUGUAGGACCUUCUGUCCUGAAUGAGACUAACCAGCAAGAUAUUCCAGAGAGGGAUUCUGUGGAC